UGAUUUGGCGAGAAGUAGAAAAGUGAAGUAUCCCCUGUAUCCUGAUAUUCCGUUUCGGAGUGAAUUGGGGUGUGCUUGCUUUUCUUUCAUUACUCUCCUCUGCUUUUUGAUUGCAAUAGUUCGUCCUACACCGGACGCCUUUGUUGCAGUUGUAACUUCAGGGUUGAUAAUCGCUCUUGUAGUGUUUCAGCUGCUGAGUUCUGCGGGUGAUUGAAUUGUGCAUUUCACUUUUCUGUACUUCAACUUUUGUUAUUGACCUCGGACCGGGAGACCUGGAGGCGAGAUGUCGGGCGCUCCGUUUCGAGUUGAGUUAGGAGACAUCACUCCUCACAAUAUCAAGCAGUUGAAGAAGCUGAACAGCGUAAUAUUUCCCGUCUUCUAUAAUGAUAAAUUCUACCGGAAUGUCCUUGAGCAAGGAGAAUUCUCAAAGCUUGCUUAUUUCAAUGACGUAGUGGUUGGUGCAGUCUGCUGUCGACUGGAGAACUGUCCGAACGGUCCAGGCAAGCAGGUCUAUAUCAUGACACUUGGAUGCCUAGCUCCUUAUCGCAGACUUGGAACUGGAACUCUGCUCUUGGAGCACAUCUUCAAAAUCUGUCGGCAGAGAAAAGACGUCGAUAGUAUCUGCUUGCAUGUGCAAAUCAACAACGAGGAAGCCAUAGCAUUUUAUCAAAAGUUUGGAUUCGAAAUUACGGAAACAGAGGAGGCAUAUUACAAACGCAUUGAGCCGGCAUCAGCAUACGUCCUUCGGAGAGACACCACAGGCCUGUAAGCCGGAUAUCAUCCAUUCUGCCGUACGUUGAGACUUGUUUCCCCCGGUCGAUGUUUACUUGCUUUCCUACACCAUCCAUUGCCUUUGAGUUUAUGCGUGGGCAUGUGUGCGUGGUGCAAUGGGUAUUUGCCACUUGUCUAGUUUGGAUCCCAUCAUAUUCUUUUAGGUUUUUUUAAAUACUUUAUAUAUAUAGAAACAUGCAUAGUUCUAUUGAAGUGCAGAUACAGGUGAGCAGAAAGGUGCAUUGCUUGAGGCUGGCCUGAGUUUUCCAAGAUGUACAACUCUGUUACUGUAGUUAUUUGUAGUCUCUCUUUGUUUUGUACUCCGCGUAGCUCGUCCCGGUAUUACUAUGUGCGCAAAUUCCGCUGCUUUUUUUCUCUAGUUUUGUUCCAGUCAGUUGUCGUGCUCGGUGAGAUAAUACGUUGCAGCAAACUCCCUGUGCGUGUUUCCACUCGGCUGCUGGGUUUGCUUGCGCUGUUUAGACUCUUUACUGUUAUCACUGGCAUCUCUCUCCCCCCGGACGUCUCUCGCGAACCGUGAACUGUUUUUCUAAAGCCUCUCCAUAUUCCUCAUUUUGUUCUGGUAAUACUGUUGAAGUCAUCUGGGAAAUUGAGCCAACCCAGAUUCACUGGGUUAUGUGGUUGGUAGUUGGUGUUAGGGUCACGGCACACUUGCUUAGCGCCCUCUAGCUGCUAUCUUCCUUGUUGCCACUCACUUUUUUGAACAGUAAUUUCUCAAACCUGAA